UUGACCACUGGGGGGGCCGCACUGUGGACCCUGAAGAAGAGUCCAAACUAGUCACUCGAGUCAAUCCCUUCGAGAUGUUCCGUACACCUGGGAGCCCACCAACACGUAGUGCCCGGUAAAGGGCUUUUUAUGGUUCCAAGUUCCCGCAACGCUAUGAUCACGCAGACGCUUCGACGCAGUCGUGAACGUUUAUGAUGCUACGUCGGGUUUUAGUAAGCGGACCAAUCACAGCCCUUGCUGCUGCGUCGCCUCAACGGAAGGUUACGUAAGGGGUCCGUAACCCCCUUUCGUUGCGGGAAUGUGGAACCAUAAAAAGCCCUUAAGACCAGGCCUCUCUCUCUCUCUCUCUCUCUCUCUCUCUCUCUCUCUCUCUCUCUCUCUCUCUCUCUCUCUCUCUCUCUCUCUCUCUCUCUCUCUCUCUCUCUCUCUCUCUCUCUCUCUCUCUCUCUCUCUCUCUCUCUCUCUCUCUCUCUCUCUCUCUCUCUCUCUCUCGGAAUUUUCAACAGUUAAAGGGACUCGAGCCUCGUUCAUAUGAAUGUGAGGCUAAAUAUUGUAUACAGAUGCUGCAGAUAUUGUAUCGUAAUGAAUCUAUUAAGAUGUUUUUAUUAAUUACUUAAAAUGUUUUUAUAAAUUACUUUUACCUGUUUUUAUUAAUUACUUAAAAUGUUUUUAUAAAUUUAUUUUACCUGUUUUUAUCAAUAACUUUAAUGCAUGAACUCGAUUUUCUGAGAGGGAAACAAAGAGGACCAAAAUUCACCGCACACCGCUUGCUCAUCUUUCUUUUCGUAGGAUGGUAUGGGUAAGUACCGCCUUUUUUCGCCUCUGAUUGGUUGGAAGGCUUCCCCUUUAGAUCGUGGUUCGAAUAGAUAUAUGAUAUGAACUUUAUUCGUCAGCAGUGCUGAAAUUUGUCUUGCGACCCAGCAGCCCUUGCAUGUAAAAACAGAAAACAUGAAUUACACACAUUGACAUGACACAUUGAAACACAACAAAUGUACAUACAUGGGUACAGAUAGUCGAGAGCACAUUGUCCACCACUUCGCCUAUCUCCGGUUUAGCAUCAAAGUCGAUUGAUGGACAAAAUACUUUUUUAGUCUAACCUUCUUGAAAAGUGGUACCUCGUAACUCCUUCCUGAGGGCAAUAACCUUUAUUCACUAUACAAAACAUGACUAGUGUUUGAGGUGAUGUUUUUUGCCAACCUCAGCAUGCUGUUGUCAUACGUGGAAGUAUACAGCUCCUGAAGUGGUUGUCCAACAAUCUUUGAACAAAUGUUUAGUUGUUGUAACAUUUGUGACUUUAGGGCUACAGACAGACAUCCAUACCAGGUACUGCAUUAGUCCUAGCUGUUUGGGGGAGUUAAGGUUUAGGGUUAAGGGUGAGGGUUAACCCUCACCCUAACCCUAACCAAUCGGAGAGCCCUUCCAACCAAUCAGAGGCGAAAAAGGCGAUACUUACCCCUACCAUCCUACGAGAAAAAGAUUCGCAAGUGUGUUAAUCAACACUUUGUUUACAUUAAUUUCUAAUUUGCAUAUCUGGAGAAUAAGGGAGUUGAUUCAUCAAGCGUUAAUGUUUAAAGUUCGCACAACCUUUUCCUUAUCGUUUAGUUACUGAACAAGAGACGCGUUCUGAGAUCUGUUUUGUAUUCUAUUGUUCUCUUAAUAAACCAAAUGAUGUCUUAAAACUCCGUGUCCCGUUAUCAUGAACUUAUUAUGAGGCUAGUGUCAUAAAGCGCCUACAACGGGGCAUCCUGUCGGUCCGCGGGGCGCCUGUCAGCUGGCCUACUGGAUCCACCCUACGGGACCUGAUCCGGAGUGAUCUGGACCAGGUCCUCACCUGCACCCGCCGCGCGCCCUGCGCGUGAUGCUGGAGACGCGUCGCGGCCGCGCGCACAUUACGCAACCGGCGGGCGAACGGAUCAGCGCUAGACGACCGACAGGCCAACGUUCAGCUCAGAGGUCAGAGGUCAGAGGUCUGCGGCCAUGGGGAAGGAGAAGCAGCACAUCAACAUCGUGGUGAUCGGUCACGUGGACUCUGGGAAGUCCACCACCACCGGCCACCUGAUCUACAAGUGUGGCGGGAUCGACAAGAGGACCAUCGAGAAGUUUGAGAAGGAGGCUGCCGAGAUGGGGAAGGGCUCCUUUAAGUACGCCUGGGUGCUGGACAAGCUGAAGGCGGAGCGGGAGCGCGGGAUCACCAUCGACAUCUCCCUGUGGAAGUUUGAGACGGGGCGCUACUACGUCACCAUCAUCGACGCCCCCGGACACCGCGACUUCAUCAAGAACAUGAUCACCGGCACCUCCCAGGCGGACUGCGCCGUGCUGAUCGUGGCGGCCGGGGUCGGGGAGUUCGAGGCGGGGAUCUCAAAGAACGGGCAGACCCGGGAGCACGCGCUGCUGGCCUACACCCUGGGGGUCAAGCAGCUCAUCGUGGGCGUCAACAAGAUGGACUCCACGGAGCCGCCCUACAGCCAGAGGAGGUAUGAGGAGAUCGUCAAGGAGGUGAGCACCUACAUCAAGAAGAUCGGCUACAACCCCGACGCCGUGCCCUUCGUCCCGAUCUCCGGCUGGAACGGGGACAACAUGCUGGAGGCCAGCCCCAACAUGACGUGGUUCAAGGGCUGGAAGAUUGUCCGUAAGGAGGGCUCCGCCUCAGGGACCACCCUGCUGGAGGCGCUGGACUCCAUCCAGAGCCCCAGCCGGCCCACCGACAAGGCCCUUCGGCUGCCGCUGCAGGACGUCUACAAGAUCGGAGGGAUCGGCACGGUGCCGGUGGGCCGGGUGGAGACGGGCGUGCUGAAGCCGGGCAUGGUGGUGACCUUCGCCCCGGUCAACGUGACCACGGAGGUGAAGAGCGUGGAGAUGCACCACGAGGCCCUGGCCGAGGCGCUGCCCGGGGACAACGUGGGCUUCAACAUCAAGAACGUCUCCGUCAAGGACAUCCGCCGCGGGAACGUGGCGGGGGACAGCAAGAACGACCCGCCGCAGGAGGCCGCCCUCUUCACCGCGCAGGUGAUCAUCCUGAACCACCCGGGGCAGAUCAGCGCGGGCUACGCCCCGGUGCUGGACUGCCACACCGCGCACAUCGCCUGCAAGUUCAGCGAGCUCAAGGAGAAGAUCGACCGCCGCUCGGGGAAGAAGCUGGAGGACAACCCCAAGGCCCUGAAGUCCGGGGACGCCGCCAUCGUAGACAUGAUCCCCGGGAAGCCCAUGUGUGUGGAGAGCUUCUCCCAGUACCCCCCGCUGGGGCGCUUCGCAGUGCGCGACAUGCGGCAGACGGUGGCGGUGGGCGUGAUCAAGGCGGUGGAGAAGAAGAGCAGCAGCACUGGGAAGGUCACCAAGUCGGCCCAGAAGGCCCAGAAGAACAAGUGACCCCCGUGCCCGGGUCCACUGGGGCACGACCUCUGCCUCCGCCACCCCCAUCCUAUCCUACACACCCCUACACCAACCCAUCCUCCACCCUACACCACCCUUAUCUCAACCCUCCUGACCUCCACCCCAUCCUCCGUCACCUCAACUCCCGCCUCCUCUUCCCUAACCUUCACAACCCGACCCCAACCAACAAGUCAACCUCCCGCUUCCCCCACCCAACCACUCCUCCACCCAUCCCCUCCCCACCAUGGGCUGCUUCAACUCCACCCUCAGAGACUGCUUAAUGAUGCAGCUCAAAAGCACCAGGAGCAAAGAACUCAAUCCUCCCCCCUUAAAGCCCUCCAACCCCCCAAGGACCCCCCCCAGGACUCUCCAACACCACCCCAGGACCCUCCAACCCCAAAGGACCCCCCCCUCCCCAAACAUCCCCCAGGACCCUCCAACCCCCAGUCGGUGUGUGGUUAGACCAUCGUAGCCUCCCUUGUUCUAGCUCCUUGAUGGACAUUAUACGACCUUGUGUUUUAGCUCCUUGACGGUUGACAAUCUGUAGACUUCCGCGUCGCAUCGCCACUCUAAUGUUAGCAAGAUGCUACUAACUCCGUUGGCAAGAUGUUGCUAACGGUGCUAGCUCUCGCUGUAGCGCCUCAUGCCGUCUAAGUUAUUUUUAUGUUGUUAUGUAUUAGUGUAGUUUGUUUGAAUUUGCCGGGAAUUCCUGGUAUGUAGAUACCUAUCAGAACUUCAAGCUUUAAAUCUUGCGUGUUAAUGAUUAAAAAAAAAAUAAGGUCCUGAAGGAGUCCUAAUAAAUGGUUGGUUCACUAAGGUCAAUCAAUUGUAAGCUUGAUGUACUGAAAGUUAAUUAGCAUAAGCUAACGCACCUUAUCUAGACAGCACAAGCCACUGGGCAAAUAAAGAUGUUACAACCAAUCCUGUGCCUCUUACUUUGAC